AACGGGACGCCUGCCGCUAAAUAAUGAAACGAAAUUUUAUUGCAUCUGCUUCUUAGUUGAGCCGAAAAAAUUAAAGACUGAAAAAAAACUUGUAUCGUAGCUCGUAGUUUUUUAAUUAAUAUCAAUAUUUUUAAACGACUGAUUUCUGUUUCUUAUAUAUAAUUAAUUUAGUAAUAUAAUUAACAAGGAAUUGACAGUUCAUCAAUAACAUAUAUUAUUAAAUUUAAGUCAAAAUAUUUAAUUUUUUGUGGAGCAAAAAAAUAAGUAGUUACGGAUUUAUGGGUUUGCGUCCGUUACAAAUUAUUCACUUGACUUAAUGUAACGGUUAUUACAAGUUUUGAAUUUUUUAAAAGUUAAAGAUAAAAUAAAAAUUUAAAAAAUAAAAAAUGCGUCCGGAUUCCCGUAGCGUCUCUUUUACAUUUCACCGCGAGGUUUUGACCGACAAAAAUUCUCCAAGAAUUCCACCAAAUCGUGGUAAAAAUUUUCGCCAAAGACUUCAAGAUCGAUUUGAUAAAGAAAAAACCGAUAGUAAUAAUAAAGAAAAAUCUAAAAUUGUUAAAAGUGCUGAUAAAAGUUGGAAUAACAUCAGUCUGAGUACCGUAUCCGCGGACUCACGACGUGUACUACGAAAUGGAGCUGAAAAAUUAUCAAAAACAAUAAUUUCUGUUCGAACUACUAUUGGAACUAUUUCUCAGAAAUUCCGGAGUUCAACGAGAAGGAGACAAAUUUUAGAUGAACAGCAAUCGCCCUGUAACUCUCAGACACCACAGACUUAUUCGAGAACUUUAUUAGGACGUACCCCGACGAAAUUAUACAGCCCAUUUGGUAUUGAAUCACCUAGACACGCUUGGGGUAAAGAAAACGAUAUUCUUCCAUCGUCAGCGUCAUCGAAAAAUGAAAAUAGUGAAUCGCGACGACCAUUUCGUUUCAUUAAAAAACGCGGCUUCGCAGCUUUGAGAUAAACUGGUUUUAUAUUUUUAAACAAAACAUUAUUAUGUCGCUUCGAUACUAUAAUCAAUACGCUGUGUAAUUUAUCACAUAAAUUACACGAAUAAUCACUUUAGCUUAUGAAAAUUUUCGACCAGUCAUUUAUCAACUAGGUAACUAUUAGUAUUAUUUAUGAUACACUGUAAAAAACGGGGUAAGUCCAGGUGGUGUAGGUGUUAAAAUUUACGGUGUUAAAUUUCAACAACGAAAGCGGUGUAAAAAUAACACUGCCAAAGGUGUAAAUAUUCUUUACUGGUGUUAAAAUAUUUUUCGGUGUUGAAAAUAUUUUAUUUCGUGAAUAUUUUUGCUGACUUGAUCACGAAAGUUAAUUAGCGUUUUUAUUAAUUAAUUAAAUUAUUGGUGAUUAAAAUGGUGGGCGUAAACUUGUGUAAUUUUUAAAUAAAUUACGUGUAACAUAAAUAAUUAUUUAAAUCAGUAUAUAACAAAAUUGAAAUUUCUUCCAGACAAUAUUUAUUAAAUUUUUAUAUUUUUUUAUAUGUAAUACAUUUUAUUUUUCUAAUUUCUAUACGUGGAAUUUUUUUUCACACCGAUUUAACACCGGUAUUUUAACACCGUCACAUUACACCGAUGUUCUUUCAUUUUAACACCGCGUGGUGUUAAAUUGAGUCGAUUUUUACAGUGUAUUAUUAAUAAUGGUAUCGCUAUUUUUUUACUUUAAUACCAUUUUUUGUACUAUAACACUAUUAAGUAUAAGAUAAAAAUCCAGUGAGCACAAGUUUACUUUAAAACGUUUUUUUAAAUUUACAAACGUGCGUAUUUUUUAAACCAAAAUAAAUUAAUUUAUUUUUUAUAUAUUUUUUUUAAUUUUAUAAUAUAAUCGAUCUAUAAAAAUAGUAAAACCAUUAAUGGAUUUGAUUUGAUAAAUGUUUAAUCAGAUUUGAAUGAAUAUGAGUAACUAUAUUUAUUAUAAUUGCAUUAAUCGUGAUUAAAUUAUACAUUUAUAACAAUAAUUAACUAUUAAGGGCAUUCUCAGACAGUGUUUCCCAGUUUUAAAAAUAUUCUAUGACUCAACUGUCAUCAGCGUAUUAAAAUUUUAUUAAUUAAAGGCAUUCUCAAUCAGUGUCCCCCGCUUUUUUAAAAUUUUGAUAAUUAAUUGAAAAAAAGUUAAAGCGUUGAUUGAAAAAAAGGCAACGCAGUUACAAUUUCGCGGUAUAGAUUUUAAAAAAAAGUAUUUUGAUAUCAAUUAGGAGUUAACCGAAAUUCGUUAAAUAAAUUUAAACUUUCGAAAUUUGACAUUUCAAAUCACAAUAUUGACAUAAAUAUUUUACUCAAAUUUACUGACCUAAUUUCAUUAAACUCCUAAUUGAUAACAACUCUAAUUAUUUUUUUUCAAAUCUAUAUCUCAGCAAAAUUGUAACUUCGUUGUCUUUCUUUCAAUUAAUGGUUUAACUUCUUAUUAACUAAUUAAUUAAUUAAUUAAAUUAUAAUACAGUUAUGACAGUUCAAGGUAAUUAAAUAUUCUUAAAAAAUUGGGGAGGGGAAGGGGACACUGUCCGAGAAUGUCCUUAAUUAAAAUAAAAAUAAGAUACUAUAUUAAGAUUUAAAAAAAAAACUGUUGCCUAAAAAACAAACUUUGUUUCAUUAAAUAUUUAUUAAUUAAUACUCUAUGUAAUCAGUAUUUUAUUAAAUAAAA